UGUUCAUUCAAUUCUCUGAACAUUGUGAUAGGUCUUACAAGAUUAAAUUCAGAAGAAAAAAUCAGGCUUUCUUUUUAUCUAGAUAUCAGAGAGAGAGAGAGAGAGAGAGGAGUAAAAUUAUCUAGGGUUUUUUGAAGGAAAAAUUUAGGGAUUUGGUUGUUGUUGGAUUGUUUGAUGAGAUGGGGAACAAGAUUGUUGAACCAGGAGCUGAAAGGAGACAUCAUAUCUUCAAGAUCUUCCAUGAAGAAGAACAGAACAGAAGAUUGCGCAUUCCUGUAGCUUUCUGUUCUAGAUUACCCACAGAUUCUCCAGCAUGUAAAUGGGCAAUUAUCCAGGGCCUUAGUGGAGCGUCUUGUGUUGUAGAAGUGAACAAAACCGAAAAUGGCACCUUCCUCGAGGAUGGCUGGGAGAUAUUUUUGCAAGAGAACUGCUUGAAAAAGUAUGAUUUUCUUGUGUUUAGGCAUGAUGGUGGAAUGCAGUUCCUUGUUAAGGUCUUCAAAGGAAAGGGGUGUCCAAGAGAGGAGUGUUUUGCCCCUGCUCUUUCUCCAAUUCUUGCGCAAGAAAGUCAUGGUCCACCAGAAGAAUGCAUCACUCCUGUAGUUUCUCCACUUGGGCGAGAACUUGUAAUAGUAGGGGAUUUAUUAUAUUUUGCUUAAGCACAUAUUUCCAAGAUUGUCGGCAGAAUCCUACAAUAGGCUUUGUUUCUUAGGACUUUAUCUAGUUCAUCUUAUUAUUUUAGCGAACAGUGAGUUGAUGAGUCUUUAAUUCUCAAUCACUGAAGUUACAACUACCUUUUACUUUAUGACAUAGCCCAUUCCUAUA